AUGUCGUUAGUCGGUCUCCGUGAGCCCCUUCACCCUGGAACCCCUACUACUAGCACUAUUCACCAUUCCGCUACUAUAUCAACUACUUUGGGGCCUCCAUUCAUAACUGUUCUUGACGUUUAUGACGUCGCUGCAGCUAUAGGAAAAGAUUUUGAAACAAUAAUUGAUAAAUAUGGUCCCGAUUCCAUCACAAAUCUUAUGCCUAAGGUGAUUAGUGUACUUGAAGAGCUAGAAGAUUACGCCACGCGCUUCGAAUCGGAAGACCGAGAAAUUAUUACGCUCCAAGCAGCUGUAGAGCGGUUAGAAGCUGAAAAAAAUGAAAGAGCUGAGGACCAAAGCAGAUAUGAAAAAGUACAGAUAUUUAACUCAUUUUCGCUUUAA